AUGUGCGGGGGGAUGGCGGCGAAGGGGCCAGGCGGGCCGCGGUGGUGGCAGAACCGGCGGGCGCGGCUGCUCUGCAUGCUGGCGCUCACCUUCCUCUUCUUCGUGGUGGAGGUGGUGGUGAGCCGGGUCACGUCGUCGCUGGCCAUGCUCUCCGACUCCUUCCACAUGCUUUCCGAUGUCAUGGCCCUGGUUGUGGCACUGGUGGCCGUGCGCUUCGCCCAGCGCACCCGCGCCACCAAGAAGAACACCUUCGGGUGGGUGCGGGCCGAGGUGAUGGGUGCCCUUGUCAACGCCGUCUUCCUCACCGCCCUCUGCUUCACCAUCCUGCUGGAGGCCAUCGAGCGCUUCACGGAGCCCCACGAGAUCCAGCAGCCGCUGGUGGUCAUUGGCGUGGGGGUGGCAGGACUCAUCAUCAACCUGCUGGGGCUCUGCCUCUUCAACCACCAUGGUGUGGGGGGCCACGGCCAUUCCCAUGGCCACGGGCACUCGCACAGCAGCAGGCAGCACCCCCGCAGCAGCCCCAAGCCUGAGCAGCCACCCGGGGAUGGGGAAACUGCACUGCAUCGAGACGAGACCAGCACCUUGGUGGAGAACUGCAGCAGCUCCAACGGAGUCAGCCAGGAGAAGCUAGGUGAUAUGAAAGACGACAUGACUGACCUACAAGUGAAUGGGAACGCUGGUCAUUAUCCUCUGGAUGUAGAGGAGGUUGAAGAAGACUCUAGUGCACAGCUUAACAUGCGUGGAGUUUUUCUGCAUGUUUUUGGAGAUGCCUUAGGUUCAGUAAUUGUGGUAGUGAAUGCCUUGCUCUUUUAUGGGUUGUGGAAUCCAUGCCCCAAAGAUGGGCCCUGCUUUAAUCCAUGUGUCAAUAAUCAUUGCAUGGAAAAUGCUACUUUAUCCCAAACACUUGGCAGAGCAAAUAAGUCUGAGCAAGAGAGCGUUACAGUGGCUGGUCCAUGCUGGUUGUUAUAUUUAGAUCCCGUCCUUUGUUUGAUGAUGGUUUGUAUACUCCUUUACACAACUUACCCACUACUUAGGGAGUCAGCCCUUAUACUUCUACAGACUGUUCCCAAACAAAUAGAUGUUCAUUCUUUGAACUCAAAAUUACGUACCCUUGAAGGAGUUGAAGCAGUCCAUGAAUUACACAUUUGGCAGCUAGCAGGCAGUAGGAUCAUUGGCACUGCUCACAUAAAGUGUCCUGACCCUUCCACAUACAUGAUGGUGGCAAAGCGCAUAAAAGAGAUCUUUCAUGACGAAGGGAUUCAUGCAACUACCAUUCAGCCUGAGUUUGCCAGCGUUGGCUCUGAAUCAGGGAGAGGGAAAUGUGAGUUUCCUUGCAGGACUCAGUGUGCUUUGAAGCAGUGUUGCGGAACAGGAGAAGAUAGUACUGCAAAGAAGACAGAAAAAUCUUCGUCACUUAGUAUUUCUUGUUCAGAAGUUGUCAUUGAAUUUCCGAAAACUAGGAGGACUAAGUCGGAGAGCAUCCCUUCAGUUAAGCUAGAGGCAAAUACCGAGCAAAACGAGCAGUUUGAAUCAUCUUUGUAACUGCCCGAAUGGUGCUACCUGAGUUUUGGUGACUUUGACAACAGCUGUAUUGCAAGAGGAAGAGACAGACGUUUGAGAUGCAAUUUUGCCAAGUAGUGUAAUUGCUGAAGUCCUUGUUCUUGUCAUAUUGCUAAAUAUAGAAUGCUUGUUUUAAAGAACAUGAUGUCACUGUCAUGAUACAAUGUGUUUGUGUUGACUUUGUACUGAGACAAAAGUGCACCAAUGCUGUAACAACUUCAGAAAACCAGUUUCAACAUUUCAGCGGCAACACUUUUUUGCUGUGCUUCAAAUUAAAAUAUUUUUUCCACUGAAAAGGUAUUUGAGGGAUAAGCAUGUAAGAACUCAAUUUGUGUUACAGAUUUCUUGGACCUACUCUUUCCUUUAAUAUUUGAUUUGUAGAUAUUUUAGAUAUUUUAAUAUAUUGUUUAUUUAGAAGCCCUAAAGAAACCAAAGUUCAUAGAAUGUUUUUAAAGAUAUAACUACUUAAAACUGGAAACCACUUCGCAGUUUCACAUAUUUUUCUUAAACCUAUAGAAUAAUAAUAAAUGUGAAGGCUUUUCUAAUGAAUUUAUCAUAUAGCAUAUUUUAAAGAGAACAUCAUGUGAUUGUUAGAAACUGUCCCCGCUUUUUCUGGUAAGGUAGCGAGGUAAUUAAAAUCAUCAAAUACCAGAUGUGAAAGGUUUCUUUUUUUUUCCUAUCAGAAUGGAAGUUCAAGCUACUGUAUACUGCUCUGUUAUCAAGACGUCAGACUGACAGAUAAAGUAACACAUACUUUCAUAUUUUAUGGACUUUCUGGUGUUUUUCCUUAUUUCCAAGUUGUGUCUGGUCAUAAAAGUCUUCGAAGUUUAAAGAAUCUUUGAUUCGCAGGGCUAUGAAUGAAGAGCUGGAGCUUCGUUUUUAUCUGAUUCUCAGUUUACUAAUAUAAAAGAAUUAGUUAUGUCAGUAAGCGCUCUGUCGGGGAAAAUCUGCCAAGCACCGGCAGUAUAAUUCAUGCUCUUAAGCAUAGACAGCAGCCUUCGUAACAAGUAAUUCAGUGGUGCAUUUUGCUUGUAGUUGAGUGUGUCUGUAAGCACUUGCAGUGACUCCAGUCCUAGUCCCUGCGGUGUCCUCAGGAGCCUUCCGCUGACUUUUGAGGAAGUGGGGCAGGGAGUAGGAUUUCAUUCACUGUGUUUCACACUUUGAGAUGUUUACGUAUCACAUAAUUUCACUUAUUAAGUAUCCGAAUCUAUGGUUUAAAAUGUUAACUCAGUUAAUUGACAACUGGCUCUAAAGAAGCUGUUACAGUAUGGUGCCAACUUACACCUUAACAAAGGAGAAACUGGUCUAUGGACUCUGAAUUUGGCAGAGACUAGAUGAGAGUUGAAGAUAAAACAUACAAGAAGUCUAAUCUAAAACCCUGACCCUUUCGAUCCACCCUCAAGUUAUGUAUGGGAAAUAAUGUCUUGUGAUUUAAUUGACUGCUCCUAUGCUCAAAACUGGAAAAAACUCAGAUCUUCCAUUGUUUGCUUUAUGACUCUGGACAUGAUAAACACUCUGCCUCAGUUUCCCUGUCUUAAAAUGGGGAUAAUGCCUACCUCACAGGGGUGUUGUGAGGCUUAACUCUUGUGUGAAGAGCUCUGAGAUCUGUUACUGGAGGGCACUGGAAGGAGUAUAAGAUACUAAAUUACGUGGUACUUACUCUGUCUACAAAUGUAUUGCAAUACAUAGGCACAACAGACAGAACUGAGGAUAGUUUUGGCCUUAUGAAAUUCUUUGAUGCUGUGGUUUUCAGGUUUUUAACAGUAUUUAAAUGUAGAUUUUUUUUUUUUUUUUAAAAAGAAUGUUUUGUUAGUGAAGGGAAUGUAGUUUUGCCUCUGAAUACAGGACACCUCGCUAGUUUGCAUUUCUUUUAUGUGUCUCGUAUGAUAAUUGCUCCUAAGUAGUUCAAAAUAGUCUGCUGCUUGUCAGACCUGGAUUGGCCCAGGUUGUGUCAGUGGUCUUGCCCAACUUCUCAGCAGAGCAUUGCAGUCAACUCUCGAUUAUCCAUGGGUGGAUUACCAGUGUUGUAUAUUAACUGUGCAGUCUAUAGGGCCAGACUAGCUCUGUAUCGCAUGCCAGUGCAUUGGCCAAAUGCUGUGUGCCGAAGCAUUGGAAAAGUAGAGGAGCUCAGUCCAGUUUCGCGCAAGCCCGCUCUCACAGGGUUUGUUAGCUUGGGUGUGGCGCAGUACCGUGCGGUUGUUUUGCCUCUUGGCUGCUCAGAUGCAUCCACAGGAAACUGCGGUGUGUGGAUGGGUCAGUUCAGCUUUGCGCUGCCUUGGGCAUGUUGAUGCUUCACAGCCAUCAGCAUCGCUCACCUUUUUCUGUGUGUAUGCUUGUUGUAUAGUCUCAUAAACUAACUUAAAACAUGUUAAUAUAGUAUUUAUAUAUGUUUUUGCUUUGUCUGAAUUAUCUUAACUCUUUCUCCUGUUACCUGUAUAUGAUCUAGAGUUGACUGUUAAAUGAGAUCUUGUAUGAGACUACAUUUGCAAAAUAUGCUACCACUGCUGGUAUACUACAAAGUAUUAACCAAGUAAAUUUUGAAAUGAACAAAGUACUAUUUUUAUUUUGGAAAUGUGUAUCCUUGCUUUUUAUGGUGAACUUUCACUAAUUAUUUUGCUCGCUAGUUUAAAAUUGGUGUCAGUCAUUAGUAUGAAUUAUUGAGGUCCUGCUGUAUAUCACUAAUGCGCCAUAGCACUACUGUUCUUUAGCUUAUUUAAAAAAAAAAAAAAAACAAACAAGACAAACCAUAGUAGCACUGAGAAGCCUGACUU